AUGGGGUGCCAGUCUGGUAGCUUGACAUCUGCUAGUUACAGGGCUUCAUCCCAUUGUUUUUUGAGAGGGGGAGCCGCCAUGUAACAAAAACUACAGCAACUUCGCCUGUCAAGAGUGCGAACAAACUUUCGUAACAAAUACGCCAGAUUUUGACGCUCGAUCACCAAGUUCUUAUGGACGAUUGUGGUUUUUGAACGUACCCAAGCUCAAUCCAGGAUAUUAUGUGUGGUCUCACACUCUCCAUCAGAUCCCUUUCUACCGGCUAUCCCAGAGCAUCUCUGCUCGACGCCUUUCAAUCCACAAUCACAUGCCGAGGGCCGGAUACACAGGGGUCAUAUACCCACAUUGUGAAGGGCAAGUCUGGUGCGGAAAUAGAAAUUACCCUGAGUGCGAGCGUCCUUGGACUUCGAGGAGAACUGACGGCUCAGCCACUGGUUGGAAAAAGAGGAGUUUUGGGAUGGAAUGGACAGGUGUUUGAGGGAUUACAGGUGGAAAAGGAUGCGAACGAUACCCGCAAGAUAUUUGAGAAACUGGAAGAGGGGGCUGAGUUCCAAAGUGUCCUGAAGGAUAUUGAAGGGCCGUUUGCUUGCAUUUACCUAGACUUGAUAUCUUCUACACUCUACUACCAACUAGAUCCCUUGUCGCGUCGCUCACUGCUCUUAUAUCCCCAAAUAUCCGGCAAUGGCACCGUAUCCAACAUGUUCAUACUCAGCUCUUGCUGCUGCGGGCUGGUGCGUGAGGCUGGGCUAGAGAUGCGAGCUUUGCUGGGUGGUGAAGGAGGUAUCAUUCGAUUUGAUCAAGUUCAAGUCCUCGAGGAUGGGACAGUGGACCUAUGUAAUGCUCUCAUCAUGACCAAUAACUUUGACCUUCCUGAAAGCUCGUCUACACCGUGGACUAGGGUUGCACCAAUUAACACCGUCCUUCCCCCUUCAGGCCUCACAGAAGAUAGCCCAGCCAUCCACAACGCCGCCGUCAUCUCGUUUGUCGACCAUCUGCAAGCUAGCGUGCGACGUCGAGUAGAGAACAUACCAGACUUGGCACCUGGGGAAGCCAAGGUAGCUGUACUUUUCUCAGGGGGGAUUGACUGUACAUUCCUCGCCUAUCUUCUCCAUCAGUGCCUACCAUUAUCAGAUCCUAUCGACCUCAUUAACGUAUCCUUCGCUCCUUCCCCCAGACCUCAACUUGCCAACGGAAAAGGGAAAGGCAAGCACAAAACGCCAGGAGUGGAAGGAGAUGUUUAUGCUGUACCUGAUCGGCUGUCGGGCUUGGAAGCUGUCGAAGAGUUGAGGAACGUUUGCAAGGAGAGAGAAUGGAGAUUUGUGGAAGUGAAUGUACCUUAUGAAGAGGCUAGAGAGCAUAGAGCGAGGGUGGUGGAGCUCAUGUAUCCAUCAGUGACGGAGAUGGAUUUGUCCCUAGCCUAUCCACUUUACUUUGCAUCGCUCGGCAAGGGAUCAGUCGUAGGCGAAGAUGGGAACAAAAGACCGUAUCAGGUGAAGGCAAAAGUUUACAUCUCCGGUCUGGGCGCAGACGAGCAACUGGGAGGUUAUUCACGGCAUCGACAUGCUUUCAACCAAGCCGGAUGGCAGGGCCUCAUCGAAGAAACCCAAAUGGAUCUCAACCGUUUACCUACACGCAAUUUAUCUCGGGAUGACCGCCUCAUUUCUUCACAUGCCCGGGACGCACGAUAUCCCUACCUCUCCCUCUCUUUCAUCGCCUACCUCUCUUCCUUACCUAUCUGGCUCAAGUGUGAUCCCCGCCUUCCACCGGGUCAAGGAGAUAAACGGUUAUUGCGAUUAGCGGUGGAAAGAGUAGGGAUGAGCAAGACUGGAGCGAGAGUAAAGAGGGCGAUGCAGUUUGGGACGAGAAGUGCAAAAGUCGGGGGUACUGGGAGUGGAGUCAAGGGCCCAAAAGCUGGAGAGAGACCGGUGGAGUGGAUUUGAGGCCCUAUGUUUCGCUGUAGGACCUGUCUCCUUUUAGGUAUGGAAACUUGCAAAAGCGACAUAUACUUGUCUUCCUUGCGUACUGUCUUCACUCUUUCUUUAUGAUACUACAGGUUGGUCCCUGACACAGCGUUUUCCUGCUCAUCCUUCGCUUCCUAAGUCACAUAAAGAUUCAAGCCUUGACAAAACCAGCAGCUUAUAUGAAGCGUUCGAAACACAACAGGAGUCAGGAUAGGAUACAUUCGGAGAGGUCUAUUCAGAACAUUGCGAACGCUGUGGAAGCUGUGGCUUGCUAUGGUCAAUCUAUAAGACAUCCUCCAAAAGACUAUUAUACAUUGCAAGGGUGGGCGCCUGCAACAACUGAACUAGAGAUAAGUUCGCACUCCAAAUAUUUCUAUCUGGGGCCAUUAACAAGCUAUCACGAAUUAGCUCGCAGAGUUGACAUGCGAUCAAGAUGCGGCCGAGAUUUAUGGGAGAUUGUUCAAGAGCACAUCUCUAUCUCUCGCCCUCCCUGACCAAUUAUUUGUGCUUGCAUACGACGCCGAUAUUAGUGCUAACAAAGAUCGCAAAACAGUGGUAAUAUAUGAGAUUGACUAUAGACCCAAAGACAUUAAGGGUACGCUAACCCAAGACAAGAUGAAACUAAACACAAGAUUCACGCCAUUGCAACAAGAUAAGUGUCCUUUUACCCUCUUCAAUGUUCUGUCAUUGCGACAUCUUCAAUUCUCUCUUCUUCCACUAAAAAUCCAUCCAACACCCUCCUUCUCCCUCUUCCAGACGCCUCCCUUCCCUUAUCUUUUCCCACUCCCUCUUGCUGUGGCGUUCCCGCCCCUUCCACAGGUCGCGGAACGCCCCCAGGCCCAAGCAUCCAUUCAUACUCCCACAGAUCACUUGGUUUCGCUCUCUUUGAAGGGCUACGCUCAAGAAGUGAGGAAAUCACUGCUCGCGCUGAUGGAGUCGCUGUACCCGGCACAUAGGCACCUGGGAUAUCUUGAGAGAGUGCAGGUUCGGGUGAUGGCCAGGUAUAUUCCCCUUUGGCGAUCCGGUGCAUCUUCUUCCUCCCUCUUACUCUUUCACUAUUUCCCCCUCCGGGAGUCGCUAUCCCGUCCGGCAACUUAAUGCUUUCCUCCCGAUCAAAAGGCAGUUCACCGAUGAUCAAGCCAUAGAGUACCACACCCAAUGCCCAGGCAUCUGUCUCUCGGCCAUCGUAUGGUUUACCCAUGAUGAUCUCUGGCGCUGCAAAGCUUUCGGAACCGCAUCGUGUGUAGAGAAGAGGUGAAGCGGGGGAAAUGAACCGUGAGAGACCAAAGUCGGUCAGUUUGAUGAGUGGUUGGCCAGGUGGAGGGAGGAGGUGAAGUGGGAUGGAGGAUGUGCUUGUAGGUGGGAGGAUGAAAGGGUUGGUGGUGAACAAUAUGUCUAACCGAAGCCAUUAGCUUUUCGAACAUGGAGCCUUGACGAGCUCACUAAACACCCUCCUCACAAAACCUUCACCAUCCUUAUCCCAGCCCAUUUCACUCUCUUCUGAACCAGCUACCGGCGCAGGCGCAGGCAAGAUCAUCCGCCGCCUAUUCUCCUCCUCACUCAUCAACUCGAACAAUUCCCCUCCCCCAGCCGCUUCCAACACCAAAACAUCAUGUCUUUCCGUUGAGAAAUCAUCAAUGUACCCCACGAUAGAAGGGUGUGAGAUGUGUCGCAAGACGGAAGCUUCUCGGAGAAAGGCGAUACGUGUUCGAUGAUCAGGCAACGGGUGGGUCAAGAGUUUGAGUGCGACGAGGAG